AUGUCCAAUACAAGAGUAACUGCUGAGACCGCUGUGGUCAAUAUUUCUGAUCACCCCAACACUCACCAAGCAUCCAUCGAAGGAUUCCUUCUUCCCGCCCAUGCCGAACUUCAUGCAGCCCGCCAAGCGAUCAAAACUGCUGCUAGAGAGAAAUAUGUGCGAAUUAUCAUCCGUACGGACUCAUUGUUUGCCUAUGAGCAGAUCAAGAACUCGGCGAAUUUUGCAAGAGCCCCAGACGAGAUACGUCACUUGGUUGCUUCAAUUCAUGCCAUCAGAAAUCAGAUCAUUGUGAACGCGGAGCAUAAUGAGGUGGCCACUGGAAAAAGCGACGGUCAAGAGAUUUUUAGGAAUAAUGAGGAGAAAUUGUAA